AUGCUAGUGAUUGCUGGUGGCCUAUCGUCGCCGCCGCCGUUGCUGCUUGCUUCUCGCCGCCCUAGCUGCUCGCCUCUCGCAGCCGCCGCUUCUCCCAGCCAUUCAAUCGCCGCCGCUCGCAGCCAUUCCAUCGCCGCAGCUGCUCGGUUAAUUCAAUGGUUGGAGUUCUCAAUCGAUUCUAAAAUAAAAUCGAUCGGCAGUUCGGUCUUUGUUGAUAAGAUUACGAUGAGUAAGCAGCUAAGUUUUGUUGCAGCUGAUUACCAGAAUGAAGCUGAGGUUAGGGAGGCACUUGCUGAUGUAUUUCAAACUGGGCUUGUUAAGAGGGAGGAUCUUUUCAUAACCACUAAGCUGUGGAACUCUGACCAUGGACAUGUACUUGAAGCCUGUAAAGACAGUUUAAAGAAACUUCGCCUUGAUUAUUUGGAUCUGUACUUGGUUCAAUUUCCUGUAGCCACAAAGAAUACUGAUUUGACAUCCCAGAUGCUUGUGAGAGACUUAAUCCCCUCAGUGCCUUCUUUAGAUUCACCUGGUCAAGUACAAUUUAUGAUAGGAGAUUGUGAAGCUGCAGGUAAUGCCUUUCUCUUUAGUUAGAUAUUGCAGUACCUGCACAGCUUCAAUUUAUCAGCAAGGCAUAUUAUUUUCUAGCUUCAAUUUAUC